CCAUCCAUCUGCAGCACAAACCCAAGUACAUUAUGAAGAGUAAUCUCGCAAUUGGUCUUGCGCUGUUUGCGCCCAGUUCUCAGGCAUAUGUCUGGCCUAGCCAGUACGACCACAUAGACGACCUGUUAUAUACACAAUUCGGCUACAUCAGAGAUGGCACUCUGGGUGAUCAAGUUAAGUCAUGCGAUUUUGGCGCCGGUGUACCUGGUAUACAAAAGGCAGCAGAGUGGGUACGAACCGCCUUUCACGAUGCUGUGACACACGAUGCCUCUGCGAAAACCGGAGGACUGGACGCCUCAAUCCAAUAUGAGCUUGACCGACCAGAGAACCUUGGCGCUGCACUCAACAACACAUUAGCGGACCUGGCUGGCGCCUACGAUAUCCGCAGUACGGCAGCAGACCUUCUCGCAUUGUCUCUAGUCAUGUCAGUGGAUCGUUGUGCGGAUAUGCGCGUACCACUAAGGCUGGGCCGGAAAGAUGCGACAGAGGCCGGAAUCAAGGGAGUACCUGAGGCCCACACAGGCCUCGAAACCACCCGCAAGCGGUUCGCAACUGCUAGUAUCAGUGGAGUCGACAUGAUCACUUUGAUUGCUUGUGGGCACAGUAUCGGUGGCGUUCACUCCGUCGACCACCCUGAAAUCGUCUCUGGUCCAGUUAGCCCAGAGAACAAAGCCAGUUUUGACACCACCAAAGGCGUUCUAGACAACCAAGUGGUGGUGGAAUAUCUUAACAACUCCACCACAAAUCCACUGGUCCGUAACGCCAACGAUACAUUGAACUCCGAUAAGCGUAUCUUCGCUUCUGAUGACAACGAAACCAUGAGAAAGCUCGCAGAUCCAGCUUAUUUCAAGUCGCAGUGUGAGGGUGCCUUUACACGCAUGCUAGAUCUCGUCCCGGGAGACGUCACGCUCACCGAGCCCCUGCAGCCAGCAGAAAUCCGGCCAUACAUCGCAAAAUAUGAAAUCAACGACGACGACGGUGUUGACCUCAACGUCCGCGUCCGCGUCCGUAUCACAGAAGGUACCGGUCGUGACCCCGCAUCUCUCACCGCAUCUAUCAUUCCCAUUACGCGCAAUGGCACUCUAGGGGAGGAGAUCAAUGGCAGGAUGGCCACAAUGGGCGGUGGAACAUCGUUCGGCUACCAGAAGGAGAACUUUCAAUGGUUCGAAGUCUUCCAAUCGUUCAACGCCAGUGACGUUUUUGACUCGUUUAAAAUCCGUGUCAACGGUGAAAUCUACGACAACGGCGCAACAGGUGGCUACCCUAUCAAUGGCGAUGUGUUGUACCAAAGGGCACAGACGUGCGUCACAUUUAAUUCAAACGACACCACCGAUAUAACCAUUGUUGCUGCUGUCUCAAAGACGCUGUUGGCCGGCGGAGCUGCCCCACAAAUCCGCGUGGUGAAGAAGGUACCAACUCAAGGAAUGGUUAUUCCUAAGUUGAACCCAGUCGUGCUUCCCAUGCAGCGUACCUCUCAAGAGACAGCUGGAUACGUGUACUACACUGUUACAACGAAUCUCAACCAGCAGAGCUCACCUACUACCUUUGAUAUUUUGGUUGGCGAUUCAAAGGUCGAGUACAUUUCUACAGGUACCUCGAACACCUGCACAAAUUCAGCAUAGAAACCUGUUAGAUUUAAACUUUCUCCGAUACCACAUAACAUAGAUUAAAGCUCAUUUAAUAAAUUCAAAAAGAUACAUUCAUCCAAUUGAG